AUGGCGGCGCCCAGUGAGGGGCAGGCGUUUGCCGCGGGGGUUGAAAAGAAUUGGGGUGCGGUUAUUCGCUCCCCAGAAGGGACGCCCCAAAAAGUCAGGCAGCUGAUAGAUGAGGGGAUUGCUCCAGAAGAAGGAGGCACCGAAGCGAAGGACACAUCUGCCACAUUCCAGUCAGUUAAUGGGUCACCCCAAGCGGAACAGCCGCCAUUGGAAUCUACAAGCAAAGAAGCCUUCUUUAGCAGGGUGGAAACAUUUUCUUCUCUGAAAUGGGCAGGUAAGCCCUCUGAGCUGUCUCCACUUGUCUGUGCAAAGUACGGCUGGGUCACAGUUGAAUGUGAUAUGCUCAAGUGUUCCAGCUGUCAGGCUUUUCUCUGUGCCAGUUUACAACCAGCUUUUGAUUUUGACAGAUAUAAGGACCGAUGUGCUGAGCUGAAGAAAGCCUUGUGCACCGCCCAUGAGAAGUUCUGUUUCUGGCCAGACAGCCCCUCCCCAGAUCGAUUUGGGAUGUUGCCGUUGGAUGAGCCUGCUGUUCUUGUUAGCGAAUUCCUAGAUCGUUUUCAAAGCCUUUGUCACUUGGACCUUCAGCUUCCUUCCCUGAGGCCAGAGGACUUGAAAACUAUGUGCUUGACAGAAGACAAGAUCAGUCUUCUCCUGCACCUGCUUGAAGACGAACUUGAUCACCGAACGGAUGAGAGAAAAGCUGUAAGCAAAUUAGGCUCAGACAUCCAAGUCCACGUCACUGCCUGUGUCCUCUCUCUCUGCGGCUGGGCAUGCAGUUCUUCUCUGGAACCCAUGCAGCUCUCCUUGAUAAGCUGUUCACAGUGUACGAGGAAGGUGGGGCUCUGGGGCUUCCAGCAGAUGGAGUCUUCCAUGACUGAACUGGAUGCAUCGUUUGGCCUGACCAGCUCCCCCAUCCAAGGCCCUGAGGGGCGGGCAGAGCGCUUCCCUCUGGUGCCUGAAUCUCCUCGGAGGAUGAUGACUCGGAGUCAGGAUGCCACAUUUUCCCCUGGCUCCGAGCAGGCUGAAAGGAGCCCAGGCCCUGUCGUCUCCCGAACUCGGAGCUGGGACUCUUCUAGUCCCGUUGACCGUCCUGAGCCAGAGGCUGCUAGCCCCACCACCAGAACUCGUCCUGUAACCCGAAGUAUGGGAACAGGAGACGGCGCUGGCCUGGAAGUGCCGUCUAGCCCUCUCCGGAGAGCCAAACGGGCUCGCCUCUGCUCUUCUAGCAGCUCGGACACAUCUUCCCGAAGCUUCUUUGAUCCCACCUCUCAGCACAGAGACUGGUGCCCUUGGGUGAAUGUCACAUUUGGCCAGGAUACCAGGGAGGAUGGCAGAACUGAGGCAGAUGCCAGUGCCGCGGCAGAGCCAGGCUGGAAGGCCGUGCUGAACAUCCUCUUGGCCCACAAGCAGUCCAGCCAGCCAGCUGACACAGACUCCAUGAGUCUCUCUGAGAAAUCAAGGAAGGUAUUCCGAAUAUUCCGGCAGUGGGAAUCCUUAUGCUCAUCCUGA